AUAAACCCAACUAUGGUUGCCGUCUCUUCCACUUCGUGUCUUUGUUUCAGAUCCAUACAAAUCACCGUUUCUUCUCUGUAUUUAUCACAACCCCACUCUCAAACAUUCAACGCUCACCUCUAUUCUUUUCUUUAGAUCACACGAUUUCGUUCCACCUUCCUUUUUUCUCCACCUAUUCCACAAAGUCGUUAAUCAUAUCCAGUUGGUUUCAAAAUCUGUGAAUCUAUUGCAACGUUCGUGGUAGUCGUUUUCUUUAACCAUGUUGUUUUUGAUGUUUUUAAUUUAAUCUGUGGGGAGGAUGAGGUCGACUCGGGGAGGUUAUUGCUUGGAAUUCAAACCUGAAAGAUUGAUUUUACAAUCGCAAGCUCUCACUUCUUUGGGCUCUCUUUGUCUUCCUAAAGAGGCUUUAUCGGCUGCACGGAGGCUGUAUCAUUCGGUGCCGGAGUGAUUCAAGCGGGGCGUGAAGGGCGACAAGUUGGUUGGGAUCGUCUUUGAUGGUUGGGAGGAUGAGAUCGACACUGGGAGAUUGUUGUUUCGAGUUCAAACCGGAUAGGUGGACACAUAAUAGGAUUCAAACACAAACACAAAGCUCAAGCAAAACCUCAGCAUUAGAGUUUCAGCCACGGAGAUUCAACAUAAACUAAAGGUUUGUCCUCUAGGCUUCUCGAUCUUGUGGAGAGAGUUAUAGUGAAGCUCAUGCACGAUGCUUCUCUCCCUCUCCACUACCUCUCCGGCAACUUCGCUCCUGUCCGCGAUGAAACUCCCCCGGUCAAGGAUCUCCCUGUCGUCCAUGGAUUUCUUCCAGAAUGCUUGAAUGGUGAAUUUGUGAGGGUUGGUCCAAAUCCCAAGUUUGAUUCCGUCGCUGGAUAUCACUGGUUUGAUGGAGAUGGGAUGAUACAUGGUGUACGCAUCAAAGAUGGGAAAGCAACUUAUGUUUCUCGAUAUGUUAAGACAUCACGCCUCAAGCAGGAAGAGUUUUUCGGAGCUGCCAAAUUCAUGAAGAUUGGGGACCUUAAGGGUUUUCUCGGAUUGCUCAUGGUCUAUCUGCAACAGCUCAGAACCAAACUUAAUGUAUUGGACGUCUCUUAUGGACAUGGAACUGGUUGUGCUGUUACUUGGCUUUCUAUAUUAGGAGCACAGAAGGAAGUAUGUAAACAGAAAUACAUUUUGCAAAUGCCCAAGUUCUUUGUCGACGAAGUAAUAUAAUAUAUAUCGUUACACUACGUAUCAGAAAACAACUAAAAUUCAGAUUCAAGUUUGGUUCUCCUCACUCA